CCAGCUCGCUGCGCCAGCGACCCCAGAUCCGCUGCCCUCCUCCCCCACUCCGCUGCGCGCGGCAUCCGGGAGAAGCCACAGGGCACUGCUGCCCCUUCCCUGGCCUCCUGCCUGCCGCCCCCAUGAGAAAAACCAACAUGUGGUUCUUGGAGCGGCUUCGGGGGUCUGGGGAGAAUGGAGCUGGCCGGGGUCUGGGGGGCGAGGUCGGGGACAGGGCCUCCAAGGGGCCUCUGUAUAGCAAUGUGCUGACACCGGACAAGAUCCCUGACUUCUUCAUCCCCCCCAAGCUGCCUUCUGGCCCCACUGAGGCCGAGGGGCAGGCCGAGCUGGGCCCUUCCACAUCGGAACAGAACCUGGCAUCAGCUGCGCCCCGCCGAGCGCCCCGAAGCCCCCGGCUACCUGCCAAGCUGGCUGCUGAGAGCAGAAGCCUGCUGAAGGCAGCCACACGGCACGUCAUCCAGAUAGAGAGUGCUGAGGACUGGCCGGCUGAGGAAGCCACCAAUGCUGACCCCCAGUCCCAAGGUGCCAUGUCUUUGCCCUCUGUACCCAAGGCCCAGACAUCCUAUGGUUUUGCCACACUGGCUGAGAGCCCCCACACGCGGCGCAAGGAGUCCCUUUUCCACAGUGAGCACGGGGCCCUGGCCCAGGUGGGCUCCCCAGGUACUGGGCGUAGGCGGGCAGGUGCCAAGGCCAAUGGUAGUGAUGGGGGGUCCCGGGAGGCUGGGGGUGGCCUCAUGAGCCCUGGGCGCUACUUUAGUGGUGGAGAGAGUGACACAGGGUCCUCCGCCGAAUCCUCCCCAUUCGGGUCCCCUCUGCUCUCACGUUCUGUGUCACUGCUCAAAGGCUUCGCCCAGGACAGCCAGGCCAAAGUGAGCCAGCUCAAGCACUCAGUGGGCCGACAUGGCUCCCUGUCGGCUGAUGACAGCACACACACCAGCCCUGGAGUCCGGCGCCGACUGACCCGCCGGGCGACCCCAGAACCAGGCCCUGAGUCAGGCCAGGUGCCUCGUGGGGAGCACACGGUUCGGAUGGGCCUGAGGGGCAGUGUACGGCUGCUGGCCGAGUAUGAGGCGGCCCAGGCCCGUCUGCGGGUGCGCCUGCUGGCCGCCGAGGGUCUGUAUGAGCGGCCCUGUGAUGCGCGCAGUAUUAACUGCUGCGUGGGGCUGUGCCUGGUGCCCGGCAAGCUACAGAAGCAGCGCAGCACCAUCAUCAAGAACAGCCGCCACCCUGUCUUCAAUGAGGACUUCUUCUUUGACGGCCUGGGGCCGGCCAGUGUCCGGAAGCUGGCCCUCAGGAUUAAGGUGGUCAACAAGGGCAGCAGCCUGAAGCGGGACACGCUGCUUGGAGAGAAGGAGUUGCCCCUCACCUCCCUGCUCCCCUUCCUGUAA